AUGAUCAAUCGUGAUAUGCAAGAGUAUCCAGAGCAUCGCAUCAACUUCUUCAAACUGCUCUAUGCGCUCAAUCACGAGUGCUUUGACGUGUUCGUGGCGUUACCCCCGCAGUUGUUCCGUUUGAUCGUUGACGCAGUGGUGUGGGCAUUCAAGCAUUCGAUGCGCAAUGUGGCCGAAAUUGGUCUGGAUAUUCUCAAGGAUAUGUUGAGUCAAUUCGCCAUCUAUCCGGAUCGUUCAAAAGCACAAGCGUUCUACAAAACCUUCUAUAUGGACAUUGUUGUGCAUGUGCUAUCAGUGGUGACCGAUCGAAAUCAAAUCAUGAUCGCUGGCUUCUCGUAUUAUGCGGAUAUUUUGUGUGCACUGUUCAGUACGGCUGAAUUCGCCAUCGCCGAACAGUUAAAUCCGCCUCAGUCGAAUAUUGAUUAUAUCUACCAACAGAUCAGCGAAACGUUC